AUGUUAGCUACGGUUGAUGAUGAGCUUCAUCGAUUGGAACAGUUGAAGAUAAUUUCGGCUGUUGACUAUUCAGAGUGGGCUGCUCCGAUUGUAGUGGUACGAAAAGCUAGCGGACGUAUUCGAAUAUGUGGUGACUACUCCACAGGGUUAAACCACUGCCUUCAAUCACAUCAGUACCCUUUGCCGUUACCAGAGGAUAUUUUCUCAAAGUUCUCGAACUGCGAUAUCUUCAGUCAAAUUGAUUUGACGGAUGCCUUUCUACAAAUGGAAGUGGAGGAAAGCUCUCGGAAAUUGUUAACAAUAAACACUCAUCGCGGGCUGUACCAAUACAAUAGAAUGCCACCAAGGAUCAAAGCAGCACCUGGGGCUUUCCAGCAGCUCAUUGAUACUAUGCUAGCUGGAUUACCAAACUGCGCAGGGUAUUUAGACGAUGUAAUCGUUGGAGGAAAAAACACAGAGGAACAUCAUCGCAAUUUAUAUGCGGUUCUGCACCGUAUUCAAGAAUACGGAUUCACUAUUCGUCCAGAAAAAUGCUCGUUUGGGCAGAAACAAAUUCGCUACCUAGGCCAUCUUCUGGACAGACAAGGGAUACGUCCAGAUCCAGGAAAGAUAAAAGCAAUAAACAACAUGCCAGCUCCCAAAGAUAUCACCGGUGUUCGUUCAUUCAUGGGAGCCAUAAAUUAUUAUGGGAAAUUCGUUCCCAAUAUGCGAAACCUACGUUUUCCAUUGGAUAAUCUGCUUAAAAGCGGAUCCACCUUCAAAUGGACCGCGGAAUGUCAACAAGCACUGGAAAAAUUUAAAGAAAUUUUAUCAUCGGAUCUACUUUUGACACACUACGAUCCCAAACUAGAAAUUAUAGUUUCGGCAGAUGCAUCUUCAAUUGGUAUAGGAGCGACUAUUUGUCACAAAUUUCCCGAUGGCAGCAUUAAGGUCAUACAACAUGCGUCGCGAGCACUCACAGAGACUGAGCAGAGAUAUUCACAACCCGAUCGAGAAGGACUUGCAAUUGUUUAUGCGGUAACUAAGUUCCACAAAUUUGUUUUUGGAAGACGGUUCCGGCUCCAAACGGAUCACGCCCCUCUGUUACGAAUAUUUGGAUCAAAAAAAGGAAUACCUGUUUACACAGCUAAUCGGCUCCAGCGAUGGGCACUAACUUUACUGUCAUACGACUUUGCACUAGAGUACGUUUCAACUGAUAAAUUUGGCAAUGCGGACGUGUUAUCUCGUCUGAUAGACCAACAUAUUAAACCUGAUGAAGAUUUCGUUGUAGCCUGUGCCAGUUUAGAAAAUGACCUCAGAACAGUGGCAAUGAAUACCACUAGCAAUUUACCCCUCAGUUUUAACAUGAUCAAAGAUGAAACAAGAAAGGAUUCGAUACUUUAUAAAUUAUACCGUUUCAUACAGAAUGGCUGGCCUAAAAAUCGAUCUGAUAUCAAAGACUGGGAAAUGCAGCGAUAUUUCGAUCGUCAAGACUCUCUAUCAAUAGUAAACGGGUGCAUAAUGUUCAGCGAAAGAUUGAUCAUCCCAAAAGCAUUCAGGAAGCGGUGUCUUACACAGCUCCACAAGGGUCAUCCGGGUAUACAACGGAUGAAAUCUAUAGCGAGAAGCUACGUGUAUUGGCCAGGCAUAGAUGAGGAGAUAACCAGUUAUGUAAAGACAUGUGAUAGCUGCGCGUUAGAAGCGCGAUCACCACAAAAGGUGGCUCCAGAAUCGUGGCCAAAAACUACAUUACCAUGGCAACGAAUUCACAUUGACUUUGCUGGUCCUCUUGAAGACACAUAUUAUUUGAUCGUGGUAGAUGCUCAUAGCAAAUGGCCAGAAAUAUAUCCUACGCUGAAGAUCACAACAAGUGAAACAAUCCGUUUGCUGCGCUCAUUGUUUGCAAAUAAAGGUAUGCCAGAAACACUCGUGUCAGACAAUGGAACACAGUUUUCCAGUGUACUUUUUGAACAGUUCUGCUAUGAAAAUGGAAUCAAUCAUUUGAAAACAGCCCCAUAUCAUCCACAAUCGAACGGACAAGCCGAACGAUUCGUGGACAUUUUUAAGCGUGCCAUAAAAAAAAUGAAGGGAGGAGACAAAGAUAUUAAUCAGAUUCUAGACACUUUUCUCCUCACGUAUCGCACGACACCAAAUCCGAAUGUACCAAGCGGGAAAUCUCCCGCAGAAGAGAUGUACAAAAGGCCAAUAAGAACAUCUCUCGACUUGUUACGAGUACCAUCUUAUUCCGAAUCACCAAAAAUUCAGCAUGAUCUCAACACAUCAAGAUCGUUUAAAUCAAAAGAUCCGGUCUACGCAAAAGUAUACGCAAGCAAUAAAUGGAGAUGGGCAACUGGUACUGUUAUGGAAAAACUAGGCAGCGUUAUGUAUAAUGUGUGGGUGGAUGAUAGAAAAAUGAUCCGUUCGCACAUCAAUCAACUUAGGAGACGAUCAACAGCAGAAACGACCAAGAAACAACAAAUGGAUCGCUCCAACUUACCGCUGAGCAUAUUACUAGAUGAGUGGGCCCUGCCGAAGUCUACCUUGAGUACGAGCAAUUCUACAGCUGGGCCAUCGAUGGAAGACGAACCACAAGCUCAAGCUCAGCAUAUGUUACACUCCAUAGAACCAUCAUCUUCGCCAUCGAACGGAUCCAUACCGUCUGAUUCUUCUCCAUCUACCUCAACCGAUUUCCAAUCAGCAGCUGAAUCUUCACCUGUGGUUCAGAUUCCUCGACGCUCUUCGCGCAAUCGAAGACCGCCUCAGAGGUUCCAACUGUACCACAGAUAUUGA